AUGGUCGUGACACCAUAUUGCAGUGUAGGCAUACAUUACCUUCUCAGCCAAUCAGAGCCUGAUGCCCUGGAAGCCUGCGUCAUCUCCCUGAGCCACCAGGGGGCCUCAGUUUGCCUUUACCCUGAACUCUCCAGCCCCAGUCUCAAGCUGUCCCACCCUGCCUCCUCUUCUCCUCCUCCUCCUGCUCCUCUUUCUCCUCCCUCCUGGCCCCCACAGGCCCACCUGGACUCCCAGUCAGCUUUCUCCCUCCAUGAGGGGCAGGGGGAGGCGCUGGGGGCCCUGGGUGUGGACCCCCAGCCUCUUCAUCUUGAUUCACUUGAGAACCUCAGGGACCUCGGACAAAGAACCUGCCAAGAUGUGUCAACUUUAACAGAUCUUUGUUCAGACCUGCCAGAGUUGGAGAUAGUGAGCCUCCUAUCAGAGGGUCAGCCCAACUACACUCUUCGAGCAGACAGUGUGUUUGGAUACGACAACGACGACUGGCUGCACACCCCUCUGCUGACACCAGCAGUCGCUCUGGGACUCACACACGAGCAGAUUGAAGAGACGCUCAAGUACUUCUUGCUGUGCUCAGACAGAGUGGGCCAGGUCACCAAGACGUACCAUGACAUCAAGGCAGUCACCCACCUACUGGAGGAGAAAGAGCGGGAUCUCGAGUUAGCAGCGCGGAUCGGUCAAUCCCUCCUGAAGCAGAACCAGGAAAUAACCGCACGCAAUGAAAUGCUGGAUGAACAGCUUGAACUUGCAAAGGAAGAGAUUGCGCAGCUUCGUCAUGAGCUCUCGAUGCGAGACGACCUCCUUCAGUUUUACGCGAGCACCGAGGAGAUUGAGAAUGCUGAAUCGCAUUCACUAAUAAAAAGAAACGAAUCAUGCAGUUCGAUCAGCAACUUCGUCCACUAUGACUUCCUGUCGCACAAACUGAAGGGUUUGGAGGACGAGAACCGCAAACUGCGAUCAGAGGCCAGUGACCUCACAACAGAGACGACCAACUACGAGGAGCAGGAACAGGAGCUGAUGAUGGUGUGUGUGGAAGAACUCUCGUCCGUCAAUAAGCAGGUCGUCGACCUGUCAGAGGAGCUGGCACGGAAAGUCGAGGACUUUUUCCGACAACAGGAGGAGAUCAGCUCGCUGCUCGCUCAGAUCGUUGACCUGCAGGCGCGUUGCAAAGUGCUCACACAUGAGAACGAGGAGCUGAACCAGCACCUGAGUGCCUCCCGUGAGAGCCAGCUGAACCUUCAAUCAGAGCUCAACGACCUGCGGGACAAGUACUCGCAGUGUGAGGACAUGCUCCACGAGGCCCUAGAGGACAUUAAGAACUUGCGGAAUAAGAGCCUUCCCAACAGCACGGUGCAGCGGUACACAGCACUGGCCUCUGUCCUCCCCAUGGACUCUCUGGCAGCUGAGAUAGAGGGCACCUUCCGCAAAGGCCUGGACACCCCGGCCCCCUCAGAGUACAGGAACCACCCGUGGCGUGUGUUUGAAACCGUGAAGGUGGUGAACAAGGUGGUGAACAAGGUGGUGAGGCUGCGGUCUCGGUGCCACUCCCCGGGGCUGCCAGGCUCCAGCCCGGUGUCGACCCGCUCCAGUUGUACCAGCACCCCGCGAACCAGCUACUAUGGCUCAGACAACGCCAGCCUUACGCUGGAGGACAAGCCCAGCUCCAAUAAUGGGCAGAAAGAAGACAACAGUGUUAGCAGGCCGAAGCGUCUGGGCCAGCCAGGCACUCCAGGAGGCCAGGACCUCGAAUCCGCCCUGCGCAGCCUUUCAGCCCGCCAGCAGAACCACUCCUCUGAGCGGCCUUUUUUUGAUGUGGAGCGCGAGCGUAAACUCUAUGCCUUGGUAGCAGACUGCGAAGACGGCGAGGGCUCCAGUGGCUUCCUGACGCCUAAUGACAGCCUGGUGUCCAGCCCAGCAGCAUCGACGGGCACCAACUACUCCAACGGCAGCUCACGGCACUCGUGCGGCUCCUUAGGAGGAUCCAGGUCCUACCUGCCCGACCGCCUGCAGAUCGUAAAACCUCUGGAAGGCUCGGUGACUCUGCACCAGUGGCAGCAGUUGGCCAAACCAAACCUGGGAGGCAUCCUGCACCCACGUCCGGGCGUCCUGACCAAAGACUUCAGGGAGCUGGAGGUCGACAUUCAGCACGUCUACAGUCUGAACGACCUGGAGGAGGAUGAGCCGGACCUGUCGCAGCUCUCUGGAGCACAUGGCAUGGCUUCUCCAUCCGGUCCCAACCUCCCUCAGACCUCUCCCAAACAUACCAUUACCACCUGCCAAGUCCUCCAACCCUCCUUUCUCAUCCCCUCCUUCUCCACUGGCAGCCUUCACUCUUUCGGCCUGCCAUCUUGUGGGAGCCGUGAGCUCCUGAGCACUUCAUCGCCAUCCCACCAGCAGCACAUUGGCCCGGGAUGCUGGACCACCGCCGCCGCCACUAAUGUAACCACUUCAUCACUGGGACUCCUGCAGCUGCUGCAAGAGCGUGGCAUCUCAGCCUCGCCGUCUCCCCAACACUACCUACCCUACGGCCACAGUGCAAAACCUCCGCCCUUCACAGAGACGAACAAAGGUGGAGGCUCACAAUUGGACAAAGAGGGAAGAAGGAACACUUUCAGUUUGAACUUGCUAGAGAAGCUUCAAGGUCUGGGGUUGCACAGAGUGGCAGCCUGGGGGUUGAUGGGCUGCAGUGGGAGAGAGAAGCAGUCAGACAUCCUCUGAAGAGUUUGAUUAGACUGUUCACCACUUCACCUCCUCUCACCGUAGUGACUUUACAUCCAGCCAUGUGAUCCCCACCGUGUGCAGCUCAGCGCCCACCGCUCUGUUGUCUCCAAAACAAAAGCCACACAAUGUGCUAGAGCCAUACUUAAAGUUGUCGGUAGUGUACAGUAAUAUUAUUUUGUAUGUGUGUGUGUGUGUGUGUGUGUGUGUGUGUGACAUAUUCAUCUCAGGAAAUCCACCUGAUCACCAGUCUGUCAGAGUAUCUUCUUUUUUCACAAAAGAAAAAGGAUAAAUCAUAAAGAACAGAAUGUUUUAUACUGUGUUUCUUCACCGCGUUUUAGCCACCGCUGGUUUUAAAGGGGACCUAUCAUGGAAAACUCACUUUUUCACUGCUUGUGCACAUACAUUGCGGUAUAUGGAGUGCCUACCUUCCCACAAAAUGUAAAUAGGACAACACAGUAUUUUUGAAGGCUGCCUAGAUCAGGCUUAAAGAGACUAUCAGGCUAAAACGGAGCGUUUCAGAGGGUGAAUACAGGUAUAUUCAGACGAAACUAGUUUUUUUAACAUUAAAGUAGAAACCCAAAACACAAGUAUGAAACUGAAAAUGAGCAUGAUAUGUCCCCUUUUAAAAAUCAUCAUCUGUCAUUUCUCCAAAGUGGAACAUCCCUCAUGUGUAUAUAACAAAGUUGUCAUUCUGGAGAGUGACAGAAACAACAACUACGUGCAGUAAAUUAUUGUCUGUUGAAACCACAAACCAAACCAACGCUGUCACACUGAAGAAGUUUCAAACAAGAACCACUACAAACACACUCUGGUCUUCCUGCUUAUUAGCUGCCACACUGAGAAAAGCAUGUUGUAUAUAAGUUUGUUGAAUAUACUGAGUCAAACACUCGAGGAAUUGAUCUUGAAGCAUUGCGAUGACAGACGAUGCACCGACUGAACUAUAACGUGUUGGUGACGUUGACGUCUUUCAUCUGCACUACAGAUUAGUUAUGGCUGCGUGCAGUACCGUGUCACCUGCGAGCUCUUUUGAAUUUCGAAGCUUCAUCCUGAACAAAACCUCACCAAAAAAUAAAUCAGGUUUGCGUCGCUGCAUCAAAGACAGUGAAUGGGAUUUACUUAGAAGCAAUAUGUAUAUUUACUGCACUGCGUUGCUUGUAAAGAAAAUCUGCUGCAUUUCACGUCAUCAGGAAUCUUGAAAUUGCUGGGAUAUAAAUGACAAAACUAGUUUGGGGCAUUCAAAGUGAAUUCCCCGUGGCGUUAAAAGGGAAUCGAGUAGAAGAGUAAUUAUUUAAACGGCAUGUGUCUUUGAAAUCUGUCUGAACAUUGAGCUGUAGCAAAAAGGCAUAGGAUACAGAGGAUUAAAAAGGGAAGAAUUCAUAAACGCAGGAUAUGAUAAUAAUUUGUGUUCUGACAUAAAUCAACCAAACUGCACUACUGUUUGCUGAGUUCUGUGUUAGCAUCACAGCUGUAUGUCAGUGUGUGUAUACAUUGUACAACCUGUGAAUAAAGACUUUGCAUUUCCAUCCA